UGUCUCAGAUAAGAGCAGGACUUUUAUCUGCAGGACUCAGCUCCUCAGACUCUACAGAGACUCUGCUCUUACAGAAGGUUCACUCAGCAUCACUGAGACCUGCACUCUGCCCUCACAGGACGGACCUGAGCACAUGGAGAAAAUGGCAUCAGAUUUACAGAGGCUCAUUCAACAAAGCAAGAAGAUAAAUGAUGGACCUCCUGCUCGAUACCAACUGCAGAUGAAAAGAGUUAAUCUGGACAAAGAAUCAGAUGAAGAAUCUAAACUGAGGAGAUUUACUCUUGGAGAAUGUGAUCCAAGACACGUGAACAGGACCAUCCUCCUGGUGGGAGAGACUGGGUCAGGGAAGUCCACUCUGAUCAACGCCCUGGUCAACUUUGUGAUGGGGGUGGAGUUUGAAGACAAAGUCUGGUUUGAGGUCAUCUCAGACGAGAAGGACAGACCCCAGUCUGAAAGUCAAACUUCUGCUGUGUCUGUUUAUGAAAUAUUUGGAUUUGAGGGAAAAACUGUCCCUUAUUCUCUGAGCAUCAUUGACACUCCAGGAUAUGGAGACACAGGAGGUUUAGACAAAGACGAGAGGAUUAUAAAGUUACUCCAGGACCUGUUCUGUCACCCUCAGGGAGUGGACACAGUCAGUGCUGUGUGUUUGGUCAUGAAGGCCUCAGUGAACAGACUGGACGAUAGGGUGGCUUAUGUCUUUAAGUCUGUCACGUCUCUGUUUGCCAAAGACAUGGAGCAGAAUAUUGUGGUGAUGAUGACUCACUCAGAUGGAAGAAAACCAACUAAUGCCCUUAAAGCUCUGGAAGCUGCUGAGAUUAAAGUUGCUAAAAAUGAUAAAAAUGAACCAGUGUAUUUCCUGUUCAACAACAGUCAAAAGGAAAAGAUUGGAAAUGAAAAACGAGCUGCAAAAAAUGCAUUUGAAACAUCAAAUGAUGGAAUGAAAGAAUUCACAGAUUUUCUUGUUCAAGCAAAAUCUCAGUCUGUGAAGAUGACAGUGGAGGUGAUGGAAGAGAGAAUCAGACUCAAGGCCAAUAUACAGAAACUAGUGGAACGAGUGAAAGAGGUGGAAAUGAAACGGGAGGUGAUCAGGAAGAACAGAGAAAAACUGGCACGAUGUGAAGAAGAGGUGGAGGAGAACAAAGACUUUCAGCAGCAAGAAACCUACGAAGAGAAAGAAAGAAUAAGAGCCUGGUGGAAUUGGUUCAAUCUGCGGAAAAAUGUGACUAAGACCAGAACAGUGACCAAUCACAAUAUGAAGACCAGGUAUGAACAGAACAAAACCAAGAGUGAGGAGACCACCAGUCUGCUGCAGGAUCUGAAGAAGGAAGAAGUUGAGCUUCAACAAAAGAAAAUCAAAUAUCUUAACAAGGUUUUUGACGUCAUUGUGCGUCUCGAGAGGAUCGCUCUGAACGAGGAUUCAGUCUCCACUUACAUCCAUCUGGAGUUUCUGAUUGAGAAAAUGAAAGAGACGAGAGACAAAGAGAAGGUGAAGAAACUGGAGGAAAUGAGAGACCGGAACAAGAAGAACAAGUCCAGGGCCAACGACCUAAAGUAAUCUACUCGAUAAAGUCAAAGGAUUACAUUUUUUAUUCAAUGUAACUUAAAUUUAAUAACCCAAUAUUUACUUUGUAGAGAUAAAGUAAAAGCAGACAAAAGUCAAACAGCUGUACAUAUACUGCAUGUUAGUUUUUCAACUUUAAGAAACACUUAUGAAACAGUCUUGUUUAUAAAAUGUGCUCUAUGAAGUGAAUUGGGUUCAAAAAUAAACAGAGAACUCCUGUCCCACUGCAGGGUCAUAAUCAGUUCACAAAAAGUCAAACACAGUGAUCUCCAGUUGACCACACACCAUCAGAAAGACCUGAAGGCCCCAUUUCCUGUAGAGACAUUUGUAAAAACAGUCCAACGUUCAAAGAAAACAAGCAAACAAAGUGUCCCAGAGCGCCCCCUGUCCUCAGACCCUCCUUCUGCAACGAAAAACCCAGUGGACAAAACAUAAACCUCGAGGAAAACCACAGUAAAAGAACGACCCUUCUGUAUCCAGCCCUCUGUCAAAGGAAAACUUUCACUUUCACCAUCAAUGUGGCAUCUUUUUAUUUCUGUGUCAAACUAAAAGUGUGUGACGGGUUUAGACGAUUCAUUUUGGAUUAAUAUGGAGCGAUAAUGUCUGUUGGAAAUAUAAAUUAUAGUUUUAAACCAACAUAGUCUGUGAAAAAAAAAGAUAUUACAGGAAGUAGAAUUACAUCAUAUUAAUGACAUCACACUGAUUUAAAAUAUUAUGGGGUUUUUUAAGUGUUUAUUGUUGUUAUUUUGUUUUGUUUUUUUUAUUUUGUGACCAGUAUACAAGUGUUUCAUCCAACUGUGUAAAUUGAAAAUUUAUUUGAAAUUGAGAGACCAAUAUUGGAAGAACUGGUGUUUUUCUCAGUUACUUUUGUUUUUGUCUUUUUUUUUUUUUUUCCCAAACCAAAUCUAUAAAGACAUUAAAAAAUAAUAGAUUUUAUUUUGUGAGUUUAAACAAAAAAAAUCAUAAAAAUAUUUCCAUCUUUUUUAUUUUAACUGUAUUUUUUAACCUUCCAGUUUGUUUUUGCUAACUGAACUAAGAGCUGAACAUAAAUCUUAAUCAAUAUGUUAAAUGUAAAGAUGUAAUGUGUUAAAUCUCUGAGUAGAAUCCAACAGACUCUUAUAAAGUCUCCACAUUUAUCAGUGUGCUUUACUAUUACACUUGUAUCUCCAUGUGCUAAUGCUAAUGCUAAUGCUAAUAUCGCCUGAACACCAGUGAGUUUCACACAUGAACAGAAGACACUGAUGCUCAGGGACAGACUGAGUCCUGUGUCCGUUGCUCAUGAAGAUCACGCUCUGCAGAAGAGGAUCCUCCUUCACACACUCAUACACUCUAUAAAAACUGUAAACACACUCCUCACACUCUGUCCUUUCUGCACGUCUGUAGCUCUUCACUUUUGUCUGAGACUCAAUAAAUCCUUCUGACUUUACAUUUCAGAUUCAUGUU